AUGUCUCAACUUCUUCAGAGAACGUUGGCCUAUUCUACGGACCUAGUAGAGCGUCAGGUAACCUAUCCGUUCGCCGCUCCUGUUUGGGCGUAUUUGUUGGGCGGUCUCCUUAUCCAGCAAAUCGUGACCAGAUGGUACAGAUAUUAUAAAUCAUGGGUCGACGUCCCGGUAGUUGGAGGGUAUGGAGUUGUUGGGUCUUGGAUUGCGGCAUUCCGGUGGACAGCGCGAGCGCGAUCCUUAGUGGAUGAGGGCUAUCGGAAGCAUGGCGACUUUGCCUUCCAGGUAUCAACGCCAAAUCGAUGGGAAGUCUUUAUCUGCAAUGACGAAAUGGUGCGCGAGUAUCGUAACUUUACCGACGAACGCUUCUCGGCGAAUGCAUUAUUCGAAGCGAAGUAUACCGUUCCAGGCGCGGCAGAGGGUGUGCAUAAAGUACCUGUUCCUACCGUGGCAAAGGCCCUGACCUGGCAGCGCACUCGCGCCGCAACCAAGAGCGACCCAUACUUUGAGGAGUUUGUGAAAGAACUGGAACACGCCUUUGAUUCCGAGACCAUGUUUGGUGACGAUGAUUGGAACGAUCUUUGCUGUUUUGCUACUGGAACCAGGAUCGUAGCCCAUCUAACCGCCAAAUCCCUGAUAGGGUACCCUUUGUCUCGAGAUAAGGAGCUCAUUGAUCUAUUCGCUGAGUAUGGCAAUGCGGUGCCAACAAGUGGGUUCUUUAUUGCGAUGUUUCCAGAGAUUUUGAAACCCUUCGCUGCGAAAAUUUGUAACGCCCCGAAAAUAUCAGCACGCCUUGAUAGCAUUGUGAUGGACGAAUUGAAAAAGAGGAAAGAUAAUCCCCGGAGCGAGCCACAGGAUAUCACGGAUUGGCUUUCGUUGUGGAGUCGUACCUACCCCGGGACGUACACCGACCGAGACAUUGCUCGGUCCGUAACAUCAGCCGUGUUUGGGGCUAUCCAUACUACUACACAGGUGUUGGUCCAUUGCCUGUUGGACCUGGCCAUACGGCCGGAAUACGUGCAGCCACUCAGGGACGAAGUGGAGACCGUCUGGAAUAGGGACAACUAUCAGUGGACUAAAGAAGGACUUGAAUCGAUGGAGAAGCUGGAUAGCUUUGUGAAGGAAUGUCAGCGUUUUAAUCCGCUUGAUGCUGGUUCUCUUGCACGACGCGCCACGAAGGACUUCACUUUCAGCAAUGGUCUUCACAUUCCUGAAGGAACGUACGUGUUCACACCAAAUGCGCCGGUUCUCUUCGACGAGAAGCAUUACCCGGAUGCUCAGCAGUUUGACGGCUAUCGAUUCUAUCGGUUGGGUAGGGUUACAGGACGACCACUCGACUACAAAUUCAUUGCUGCCAAUACCAAGUAUCUCCAAUUCGGAGACGGCAGACAUAUAUGCCCCGGUCGAUUCAUGGCAGCAGACGAGAUCCGUCUCUUGUUGGCGCAUAUUCUUAUGAACUACGACAUCAGACCGAAAGAUCAGGGCCAACGACCACCUAAUUGGACCUUCAAGAAGAUUUUGUUCCCGGACAUGAAAGGAAUGGUGCAGUUGAGGCGGCGAUCAGUUACGGCAUACAACCCUAACUAG